UCUUUUCCUCUCUGGCUUCCCGAGCGUAGGCCGCCAUCAUGAAUGACACAGUAACUAUCCAGACCAGGAAGUUCAUGACCAACCGACUACUUCAGAGGAAACAAAUGGUCAUUGACGUUCUUCACCCUGGGAAGGCAACAGUAUCUAAGACAGAAAUUCGGGGAAAACUAGCUAAAAUGUACAAGACCACACCAGAUGUCAUCUUUGUGUUUGGAUUCAGAACCCAUUUUGGUGGUGUCAAGACAACUGGCUUUGGCAUGAUUUAUGAUUCCUUGGAUAAUGCAAAGAAAAAUGAACCCAAACACAGACUUGCAAGACAUGGCUGGUAUGAGAAGAAAAAGACCUCAAGAAAACAGCGAAAGGAAUGCAAGAACAGAAUGAAGAAAGUCAGGGGGACUGCAAAGGCCAAUGUUGGUGCUGGCAAAAAGUGAGCUCGAGACUGGAUAACAGAAGGAGUAAAGAUUCUGCAAUGACUUCAUCUGUGAUAAUUUUGUGACGUUUUCACAAGAGGACUAAUAAAUUGUAAAAAAAAA